UCAAGGACUGAGGUCGGGUUCUCGUCAGUCCCUCCAAGGAGAGAUUUCGGAACACCUCGGUGUCACGCGCGUGUGAUAUAGCGGUGGGCAAACCCGACGUGGUCCCUGCACUCCGCGGAGCUGAUCGUAAAGGAUGGUUGUGCAGUUGGAAAUCGACUGAGCGGGGGCAGGGAAAGGAAUUACCGACUCCUUUAAGAGUAGAGGCUCUGUGGCCUAGGCGGGGCGCGGUGGGGGUGGUAGCAAAGGCCCUUUUGAGGAAGCGACACCAAAGCAGGGCGAGGGGAUGAGUACGUGUUAGCUGAGGCCAGAGUUUUCCACGCUUAGGGGACAGCAAUGGAGGCCCUCCCUGGACUGGAGAGGGCUGAUGGGAAGGGCUUAAAAGGCCCUCGGGAAUUAUUAAACUAUGGGAGGUACAAAAUUUCGAGAGGUUUGGUGGAUACCAGGUCAUGAGGAGGGACCUUGUGUUUGUGCUGUGGACCUUAGUUUUCUCUCAAGUGCAGUAGCGCCGCCAGUCGUCUGCCUGUUUUCCACGGUGAUAUCGCACUCUGCCAUCUGCGUUUUGGACACUGUCUCAAAAUGGAGUUCCCUGAUUUGGGGAAGCAUUGUUCAGAACAAACUUGCAAGCAGCUAGAUUUUCUUCCAUUUAAAUGUGAUGUCUGUGAACAAGCUUUCUGUAAAGAUCAUUUUGCCUGUGCUGCCCAUAAAUGUCCCUUUGCAUUCAAGAAGGAUGUUCAGGUCCCAGUAUGCCCACUUUGUAACAGCCCAAUUCCAAUAAGGAAGGGAGAGAUACCAGAUGCAGUGGUUGGUGAGCACAUCGAUAGAGACUGUAAAUACCAUCCUGGGAAGAGAGAGAAGAUUUUUACAUACCGGUGCUCAAAAGCGGGUUGUAAGAAGAAAGAGAUGCUGCAGGUGGCUUGUGACCAGUGUCACGGCAGUUUCUGUAUUCAGCACAGACACCCCCUGGACCACGGCUGCAAGCGCGGGAGCCGGGCCGUCAGCACAGCCGGGUGGUCAGCUGCGAGAGCCUCUGAAGCCAAGCCGUCCAGCGCCCCGACCACUCUUUCUUCCAGCUGGCUGGCCCAGCGAUUCAGGUCCAAAAUAAAGAGAUGACGUGGCUGUCCGCUCAGGCCGGCGCGUUGGCCUGUGCUUGCGUGUUAGCUCCUCGGGCAGCUUGUGCUCCGGUGCUUUCAUACUCCUCAUGGCGAAGGCCUGAAACGCUUUCCAACCCUGCCAAUGAAAUGUGCAAAUCCUUUCAGCGAAAUAAACAGUCAGAAGGGUAUUAAUACUCUGAGGUGGGUUAAGCUACUCUAACAUUCUCCCCAUGCACCCUCCACACCGCAAAUAAAGUGAGUUAAAGAGCAGGGGAUCUGAGUGUGCCAGAUCGGGGGACGGCUCUGCCCUGGGCUCAGUCGGCCAAGGACCCAGUUUUCCAGAAGCUUCAUCACUUAAAUAGCCGACAGCUGAUGGCACUCUGUCCUCAUCCUGUGGCUCCGGUAGCGAUGUGGCCACUUGAGCUCAGGACUUAGGCCCACCUUGUUAAGGGUCCUUGCCCAGAAGCGGCCCCUGCCCGCCUUCCCCAUCCCCUGAGGGCAGUUCUGCGACCGACUCACUCCGAGCACUAGACUGAAACUGGCGGCCUCGGCACGUGUUGAGAGAGCUCUUGCUUCUUGGGCCCUGGGUGUCAGGAAACGGGGGGACAAAAGGCCAUCUGAGCUGGGGCACGGCCUUAACCCCCAGUUGUCCCGCCACACAUUCCAGACGUCUUGGCGGACCUGGAUGAACAGAAAGCCGGGCGAUGACUCUCCUGCUGUCAUAGCCGUGAAAUGUGGUGCGUAGAGGGGCCGCGUUCAGUUUCCACUCUGCCCACGGGUGGUUGAAGCUCCGGCGCCGCUGUCCAUGGGGCUGGUCUGGGCCAGGGGCUUUGAGCUUCUGCAUGUGGCACAGCGCAGAGCCCACCCCAGAGCCUCUGAUUCUGCGGGUCUGGGGAAGACCCUGAGAAUCUGCAUGUCCAGUGGAUUCCCAGGAGAUGCCGAUGCUGCUGGUCAGGGGACCAUACCUGGGCAGACCGCUUUUGUGUAUCCGUGCGAGCCGCUGUGGCGGUCACUAGCCGUGUAUGUCACAGAAUUGUAGCCAGCCACCUGCGGGACUGGCCUUGUAGUUGUAUUUAUUUAAGUUUAAAAACUAUUCACUUGAUUCUGUUAUUAGAAAACUUUUAGGUACGUUAGGAACUUGGGUAUGUGGGUCUAUUUUUUGAACUGUAAAUUUUUCGAAAGCUAAAUACAGAUCAGGCCUUUCUCAAGAAAAUUAAUGUCCAAAUUGAGAUGUAUCUUAAGUUGAGAAUCUAAAACACUCGGCUUCGAAGAUGAUGCCAAUAAUUUAAAAAGAAAACUAUCUCGUUAAAAAUGUUAUAUGUUGAAAUCGAUAUUUUGUAUAGGAUUGAUUAAAUAAAACAUUAAAGUUAAUUUUA